GCCCUCGAGAACCUUGCCGGCGAUAGGCGCAAAGCCAAGCUUCGCGACGUGAAGGCUGAGGACUACCCGACCCCGGAGAAGUAUCUGGAAGGUGCCGAGAUUCCCACCUUCUACCAGUUCCAGAGCAACAUGGUGGCGGAUGAGGACCUGAAACCUGGCAUGUGCAGCGGACUCGAGGUGGACAAACGCCUGACGCUGCCGACGCGAACGCACAUCCGCUUUCUGGUGACCGGCCAGGAUGUGAUCCACUCCUUCUCCAUUCCAUCCCUGGGCUUGAAGACGGACGCGACGCCGGGCCGUAUCAACCGUAUCAACACCUUCAUCCAGCGAGAGGGAGUGUUCUAUGGUCAGUGCUCCGAGUUGUGCGGAACCCUCCACGGCUUCAUGCCCAUCGUCGUCGAGGCUGUCUCGCCCGAGACCUACGCGGCCCACGCACGCAAGUGGUACAAGGAGUGA